GUAGAAAGAAAGGGCUUAGUCCCGGCCUGGACUUCUAGUAACUUUUCUCUCAGCUGAGAAGUAUUUGGAUAUUAAUCAGAAAUAUCUCCACAAGAUUCAAGAAGCUCUAGAGGUGAAGCAAGUCUGUGAAGGACCAGCAUGGGAAUCCUUUACUCUGAGCCCAUCUGCCAGGCGGCCUAUCAGAAUGACUUUGGUCAAGUGUGGCAGUGGGUGAAGGAAGACAGCAACUGUAUCAACGUUCAAGAUGGCUUUAAUGGAGACACUCCCCUGAUCUGCGCUUGCAGGCGAGGGCACCUGAGAAUCGUUUCCUUCCUCUUAAGGAGAAAUGCUGAUGUGAACCUCAAAAACCAGAAAGAGAGAACCUGCUUACAUUAUGCUGUGAAGAAAAGAUUUACCUUCUUUGAUUAUCUACUCAUUAUCCUCUUAAUGCCUGUCUUGCUUAUUGGGUAUUUCCUCAUGGUAUCAAAGACAAAGCAGAAUGAGGCUCUUGUACGAAUGCUACUUGAUGCUGGCAUCGAAGUUAAUGCUACAGACUGUUAUGGCUGCACUGCAUUACAUUAUGCCUGCGAAAUGAAAAACCAGACUCUCAUCCCUCUGCUCCUUGAAGCAAAUGCAGACCCCAUGAUAAAGAAUAAGAAUGGUGAGAGUUCUCUGGAUGUUGCACGGAGAUUAAAAUUUUCCCAGAUUGAAUUAAUGCUAAGGAAAGCAUCAUAAUCCUUGUGAACUCAGACGGAGAAGCAGAAAAAGUUGAAGGACUGGAUUCUAUCUCCAUCUUGGC